GGGGCCUGAGGAACAACAGCGGAGGAUUCAAACUGAAGAAAGAUGGCAGCGGGUCGAGAGGACGAUGAGAACACUCCGAACAGAAGACGAGGAACAGUGUGCAGUAUGGUGAUCAAUCAUGAGGAGUCACCGGGGGGCUGUCGAACUGGCCGACCGCCAGUCAUCUUCAACCCAGACUUCUUUGUGGAGAAGCUCCGCCAUGAGAGCCCUGAUGUGUUCCUGGAGCUGGUGUUGAGUAACAUCACUCGCCUCAUCGAUCUCCCCGGGACAGAGUUUGCACAGCUGCUCGGCGAGGAGAGCCCCAAGACCCCAACCGGAGGAAACGGAGGCUUCUUUCGCUCUUUCAACUUCCUCAAACGCAAAGAUAAAGGUGUUGUGUUUGGAACCACGCUGACAGAGAGCUGCAUUGCCCAGAUCUACCAGCUCAUUGAGUACCUCAGCAAAAAUCUGCACGUGGAGGGUCUGUUUCGGGUGCCGGGGAACAGCGUUCGGCAGCAGACCCUGAAGGAGCUCCUCAACAGCGGGGCCGAUGUCGACCUGGAGUCUGGAGACUUUCAUCCCAACGACGUGGCCACGAUGCUCAAGACAUUCCUGGGAGAGCUGCCCGAACCCCUCCUCACACACAGACACUUCCACGCACACCUCAAGAUAGCUGACAUGACUCUGUUUGACGAACACGGCAACAAGACGGUGAUACCCAACAAGGAGCGUCAGAUCGAGGCCCUGCAGCUUCUCUUCCUGCUGUUACCUCAGGCCAACCGCUCGCUGCUCAAACUGCUGCUGGACCUGCUGUAUCACACGGCCCGGCAGCAGGACAAGAACAAGAUGUCUGCCUUCAACCUGGCCCUCAUGUUCGCCCCGCACGUCCUCUGGCCCCGACAUAUGACGGCCGGCGACCUGAAAGACAAUCUGAAGAAACUCAACAACAGCAUGGCCUUCCUCAUCAAACACUCACAGAAACUCUUCAGGGCUCCGGUCUACCUGCGGGAAUAUGCCAGAGUGCACUUCACUGGGACGAAGGCUCUGCAGACCAAGGAUGAUCUGGAGCUGCUGGCGGCGAGCAGCUCUCCUGCUCCUCGGACGGUGUUGUCCCUGAAGAGGACGGCCGUUCUGGGCCCCGGCUCCCAGGAGCAGAGCCAAUCACCGGCUCAACAAUAUACAGAAAAGGCUCUGAAGGACCUCUUCAGACACGUCAACCACAACAUGCCGGACUCCGCCAAGAAGAAGAAACUCGUCCGACAGUUAGUCAAGCAGACAACCUCAGGGACGCCAACUACUGAGCACCACCAGACGCCCCCAGCUCCCAGCAAGAAACAUCCACGUUCCCGCUCCUUUGGUGGCCUCAUCAAGCGCAAAGCUCGUGGCGAGCAGCUGACAACGGAGAGGAGGAUCCGACACAUCUCCCCUGAUGUUGUCACGAGGGCGGGAACCAAGCCUGGUAAAGAGAACGUCAUCCUGCGAGGGGUGAACAGCCCAUUAAAUGGUCAUGUGUUGGGGAAGGCGGGGCUCAUCGUAAAAAACCCAGAUUUUACUUUUAAGAAGGACAAAGUUCUGAAGGUUUCCAAGCAGGAUGAUGGGAGGAAGGGUUACGUGGUGGAGGUUUGUGAUGUUGAUGGGUUAAAUGAAAGUGGAAAGAGGGUUAUUGUGGUUUGAAUGUAAUCUGGAUGAAAUGAGCAGUAAUCUGUUAGUCAGCUCCUCUCUCGUGGUAAAACACGAGUCUGAGUCAAGUUAGAAAGGAACUAUUUAUUUACAUCAUGAUAAAUACGGAAGCCCAGAAAGGAAGGCAAGAAUGAGUUUUUUCUGGUGAUCCAUUUUCUAAGUCUGAUCAAAGUCUUUUGUCUCCUGUGUUUAUGACUUAAGAACAGCUGGACAUUUCUUUCUACGUUCUUUUUUUUGUCUGAAACAGGUUUAGGCUGAUUUUACAAAAAUAACAGCUUCAAUCCCAGAGGACCGGCGUUAGCCUUGGCGACGAUUGCGUCCGGUACGCCUUGUAACCGAACCUUAUAGAGUUAGAUCCCUCCAAAAAUGUGACAAAACACAACACAAACUAACGUUAGCGUUAACGUUCAUCUGGGUUCUAUCUGGGUUCUAUCUGGUUGGUUAACCAUGAACAACGUCAGUAUAGCUAACGCUAAAUACAUUUCUAGCCUAACAGACAAUAUAACGUUAGACCAUUUCACAGCUGUACGCGUCCAGAUGUGUCCCAGUUUAUUUCCUGUGACGGUGUAUUUUUGAAUGACAUAAACUGACAGGAAGUAAACAUAGACACAAGCUGUUGCCUAGCAACGCAAUGCCGUCGAGUGCACGGAGAAAUGAAAUCUCACCCGGAAGAAAACCUAAAUGCUUAUUCCCACUUAGAGCAUCGGGUAGUGGUGCCCUCUGGUGGUCGAAAUAAGUAUUACAACAACAAACACUCAAAAAGAAAUCAGCAUAAAACAUUUUUCCAAAAGAGGCAACAAAAAAAAAAACAAUCCAUCUGUUCUUAAGUCGUAAACACAGGAGAGAGAAAUGAUUUCAAUCAGACAAAAUGUUCUGGUUUGCCUUUCAGGGCUUCCGUAGAUCAAACAUACGCCUGUUACAGUUCUUAAUGUUGAAUUGAAACUAUUUAAACUAAGGUCUAGUAAAGAGACAGCUGAGCAGGAACGUGUUGCUCUAGCAAACUCUGCAAAGGAACUUUAAUGUCUUAAAUGCAUCAAUGUUUUAUGUGCAAGAAAUAGAAAUAUGAGUAGAACGGACAUUCCCAUUCAGAGCAACGCAGCAGGAUGGUCAGAGCGGCGGGCCAUUGCAACCGUUCCAGCAGGCUAACCUCCGUAUAAACUAAACCAACUUACUGCAAGUCACGGACUCACUUUGGAUCAUUCUCUGUUGCAUUAAAGCGUGCUGGAAUUAGCAAACUAGAGAGCCAACUAGCGGACAGCUGGCUAGUUCGCUAGCUUGCUAAUUCCACCACGCUUUAAUGCGACACUGGUUACAGAAAACCAGCCGAACAACAAGCUGGUGGCCAGCAGCAGCAGCAGCAGCAGCCGCCGCUCCAGCUCACCUCACCUCUUCCCUACUCGUCAAAUGACCACAGAUGAAAACAGUUCAGUGUCCCUUCUUCUCCUGUUAGUCCGACGGUGCAAGCUGUGCAAUCUAAUAAUAAUAAAACACAGUAUAGAAUUACAUAAUAAUGAUUCAAAUCUAAAUAUAGCACACAAAGAACAAGUCAACUAUCCACCUUUUGACUUUUAAUCGCCAGUAUGUAAAAAGUGUUGAAUGAAUUCAAACAAGACUUUUAGUGUUUGCAGAGACUUAAUCAGUCAGGUUACUUAAUGUUCCUUUAAUGAUUUUAAUGCCUCAGUUCCUUCAGCUUUUCUCUUCAUGGGUUGACUUUACUGACUUCUCAGAUUGUCGUGUAGCGAGUAGGGAGGCACCGGCAGCAGAAUCAAUAUCUCAGCACUGACAUCUAAAUUAAUUUUCCCAAAAAGUGCAGUCCUCGAUGGACUGUCCUCCUCUACAGGGAGAUGGUCUGUCCUCCUCCACAGGGAGAUGGACUGUCCUCCUCCACAGGGAGAUGGUCUGUCCUCCUCCACAGGGAGAUGGUCUGUCCUCCUCUACAGGGAGAUGGUCUGUCCUCCUCCACAGGGAGAUGGACUGUCCUCCUCCACAGGGAGAUGGACUGUCCUCCUCCACAGGGAGAUGGUCUGUCCUCCUCCACAGGGAGAUGGUCUGUCCUCCUCUACAGGGAGAUGGUCUGUCCUCCUCUACAGGGAGAUGGUCUGUCCUCCUCUACAGGGAGAUGGUCUGUCCUCCUCUACAGGGAGAUGGUCUGUCCUCCUCUACAGGGAGAUGGUCUGUCCUCCUCUACAGGGAGAUGGUCUGUCCUCCUCUACAGGGAGAUGGUCUGUCCUCCUCUACAGGGAGAUGGUCUGUCCUCCUCCACAGGGAGAUGGACUGUCCUCCUCCACGGGAGGGCAAAGGUCAAUCCAAUGUAUUUGUUUUUGUUUUUAAAAUGAUGGUGUAGAAAUGUUCCAGCGUUGCUUUCCUUGCUGAGGUGCAGUGCAACAGAUGUCUCCUGAUGUGUUUCUCUCCGGUGUGAUGGGAUCUGUUAUCGGUGCAUCGUGUUCUUUGAAAGUGUAGUGGAUGUCGUAACGAUGGGUUUGAUGAAAGUGACUGACUGACAUGUCAGGUGCAGAUGGACACUACGAGACCUUACCUCCUUUUAGUUUUACGUUGUAUUCUCAUAUUGUGAAGGUCAUUUUGUACAGCGGUCUACGCAGGAUGCUUUUAUCUUUAUGUUUUAAAUGAACCUGACUGAAUUCAUCUCAGCAGAAUCUCUCCACGUCGUCUGUUCCUCUCCUCGUGACGUCUCCUCGUCGUGUUCUCAACAGUUUAACAGACCUGUUUUAAAGGAGAGCUCAGUGUGAUUCUGUUUUUAUUUAUUUAUUUCUGUUUGGGAAACACAAAUGUAUUUUUUUUUUUUGUGGAUGGAAUUCAUGAACCAGAUUUAAGGUACAUUUUCAUUUUUGUUAUUUUUAUCACUCAGACGUGAUCAGUUCCGUUCUGUAUGAUGUGGAAACACUGUUUUCUAUAUGAAACACUUUAACCCCUUCAGAGCCUUGUUCAUUUAAAGACAGUAUGUCUGUGUUUAUUUUAAUGUUCUUAACAUAAAUGUGAAACAUGUAGUUACUGAUCUCUACUCGCUUGCUGUUCAUGUUCACUGGUGAGUUCUUCAGGACACUGAGAAUGACAGAUUUGCAGAAAGUUCAAUUUGUGGGUGGAAUUUAAAUCCAUUUAAACCUGAUUGAUUAGCUGCACCUUCUUUCUUUAGAGAAACAUCACUUUGACAGUUUUAUUGGGUUAACAGGGUGAUCAACAAACAACUUCUGUCUCAUUUGUCCAAAUACAAUUCUCCCAGUGUCAUGAUGAGCUCCUCUGUGAGUUGUACCGUCUGCUUUAAACUGUGGUAACCUUUGUGUUGUAUUUUAGUGUAAAAUAAGUUAACCCUGUACAGUUCUUUGGAUUCCUUGGCGAACCACCCGCUUUGGAUUAAAACGCUUUUUUAUGUUUCCUACA